AUGACUUCUUCAUUCGAUGAGGACUUCGAUUUCAUGAGAACAUUGAUGGCAAUAGCUUUUUUUAUAUCUGCUGGUAUGAUGAUUGCAAGUGCAAUAUUUAUCGUAGUGCAUCAAGUAAUCAAAUGCUUGCAGAAAGCAGGAAUAGCCAUUCCUGGAUAUGCCCCGAUCAGUACCACGGAUCAGGAAUCUCUUCUGGGAGAUAUUGCAAUUCCUCCUAGAAGCGACAGCGUUGUGGUGGCUAUACCACCUGAUUACCCAAGAGCUCGGGGCCCUCGGGUCACUUCCAUGGAGAGACUUCUCAGCACAAUUGCCAAAGAAAAACCCAAAAGAUGGACAUGGGAAAUGAUUGAGAAUGAUGAUUUAGCAGAGAUGCUGAAGCUCUGUGGUAUUGAUGAGAGAGACAGAGAGCAGGCAGAGAGAAUGUCCAUGGUGGCUCUUUGGUGUGUUCAGUACCAGCCAGAAUUAAGACCAAUGAUGAGCACUGUGGUGAAGAUGUUGGAAGGAGGAAUGGAAAUCACUCCACCUCCAUAUCCAAAAUUUCAGUAUUUGGAAUCUUUUUUUGAACGAAAUGGAUCGGUCAGUGGAGGCAAUGAAAGCUCAGAUCCUUUACCAUCAGCAACGAGAACUUCUGAACCAUCCAGUUCCAACCAUGUGGGCUAG